AAUAAACUUAGGCCAGCUACUUAGCUGGUACUCACGAUACGGGUGGCACCGGACACGGUUGACUUGAGGUGAAGCCUUGCUGCUCCGUCACUCGCUUCUGUCAAACCACCAACCUUCCUCGCUAGUUGCUCUGGAUUCCAUUCGCCAAUGAAGAUGUAGAGCGAUCGGUCUCGGCUUUUGUGCCUGGAGAAGUAAAAUGGUUCCGGAGGUGGCCAAUUCCAAGCCUUUGUUCCUAACGAUCUACGCCACUGUCUCUGUUGGCGUUCUCUUCUCGGCUUUCUAUGUCUUCUCUGCGGUCUAUUCCCCAUCCACCACCUCCUCCCCGCCUAUAUCCGCCUUUUCCAUCGCAUACGAUUCUCCUUCAUCUUCAUCAGAAGUAGAGAUUGCGAUUCCCACUCAUAAGCUCAAUGAGUCUCAAACAGCCGCAGUUGGUCUACCUCAAGGGCCAGAAGCUCAGGUGCAAAGAAAGCCACUGAAACCAAUAUGGAAGGCCCCCCCUCCUGGUUCAAGAAUGCCAUCCCUAGAAACUUUCAGAUUGAGAAAAGAACUAUUCGAGGAAAGAGUUAGCAAUAAUGUUAUAGUUGUGACCUUUGGUAACUAUGCAUUCAUGGAUUUCAUAUUGACAUGGGUUAAGCACUUGACAGAUAUGGAUGUCAAUAACCUACUAGUUGGUGCGAUGGACACCAAGUUGUUGGAGGCUCUCUACUGGAAAGGUAUACCUGUUUUUGAUAUGGGUAGCCAUAUGAGUACUGUAGAUGUUGGAUGGGGAUCUCCAAUAUUUCACAAAAUGGGAAGGGAGAAAGUUAUUCUAAUAGAUGCUGUCCUACCUUUUGGUUUUGAACUCUUAAUGUGCGACACUGACAUGGUUUGGUUAAAGAAUCCGCUUCCGUACAUUGCACGUUUCCCUGAAGCAGACAUCUUGACAUCUACUGAUCAAGUUGCACCAACAGUAACAGAUGACAGUUUGGACAUUUGGAAGCUAGUUGGUGCUGCGUACAAUAUCGGAAUAUUUCACUGGCGGCCAACAGAUUCCUCAAAAAAGUUGGUGAAGGAGUGGAAAGAAAUGCUUAUAAAUGAUGAUAGUAUAUGGGAUCAGAACGGUUUCAAUGAGAUCAUUCACAGACAGUUGGGUCCAUCUAUUGAUGAUGACAGUGGACUUUUUUAUGCUUAUGACGGAAACCUCAAGCUGGGACUUCUACCUGCAAGUAUCUUUUGUAGUGGACACACUUAUUUUGUCCAGAUGAUGUACCAACAACUCAAACUAGAGCCCUAUGCUGUACAUACAACAUUCCAAUAUGGAGGGACUGAAGGGAAGCGCCAUCGAUUGCGUGAAGCUAAGGUUUUCCUUGAUCCAUUAGAAUACUACAACCCGCCAGGAGGCUUUCUGUCAUUUAGACCAUCUAUUCCCAAAAGCUUAUUACUAGAUGGAGAAAAUAAUAUUGAGUCACACUUCUCUCUUGUUAAUUACCAAAUUAAACAAAUAAGGACUGCACUUGGUGUUGCUUCACUGCUAAAUCGCACAUUGGUGAUGCCUCCACUAUGGUGUAGGUUGGAUAGAUUAUGGUUUGGACACCCUGGUGUUUUGGUAGGCUCCAUGACAAGGCAGCCCUUUGUUUGUCCUUUGGAUCAUGUGUUUGAGGUUAAUAUUAUGUUGAAAGAACUACCAGAAGAAGAAUUUGGACCUGGGAUCAGUUUUAGAGAAUAUUCUUUAUUUGAAAAUCCAUCAAUGCCCAGAGAGGUGAAAGAGUCUUGGCUUGAAGUGCAACUAUGCCGAGAAGAAUCAAGAGGCUGCCAACUUUCUAACAGCACAGGCGAAAAAGGAAUUCUUAAAUUCCCCAAGAAUAGUUCUGAAGAAAAGUUCAAGACAGUUUUCUCCUCGUUUAAGGAUGUCAAAGUUAUUCAGUUCUCAUCAAUGCAAGAUGCCUUCCUAGGUUUCUCUGACAAGGGAAGGGAAGAAAGAUUCAGAAAGCGAGUGAAGCGAUACGUGGGGAUAUGGUGUUGCGUAGAAAAGAAAACACCGGGUCACAUAUACUAUGACAUGUAUUGGGAUGAAACACCUGAUUGGAAACCUGUACCACCCCUGACCCCCCAGGAUGAUCAUCCCCGCUGGUAAAUGAAAUUCAGCAGAGUGGAACCAUCAGAGAGUUCUGUACUUGUGAGACAGAGAUAGGGUAAGGUAAAUUCAUGCAGCAAAACUCACGGAACGUUUUAUAUGUACUAACUUAGGAUGCACCAUAUUGGACUUCAUUAAUUGUUCUCUCUUUCAUUGUGUAUAUUGACAAAUGCUCUCUACUGUUUGAAAAUUAUAAACUGAUAUACAGAUUACUACAGACUUUGAGAUAUUGGAUAAGUGGAUAUCCAGUGGAAUUAAUUAACUAAACAUAGGGUUAUUCAUUUACUCUGUACUAACCGACUCCAUGUGAUGUUAAUUCCACAUACCAAUCCUACUUUUAUACCUCAUUUGGAUGCAUCUAUUUGUAGUCCUAUUUAGGGAUUCCUUACUGCCAUGGUAAUACUUAAAAUUAGCUUAAAAGGAUUGAUAUUACUAUUCAUACAAAUAAGGUACAUCUUCUUUUAAGGAGCUCAUCUGGUAAGAACUGCACGUUGAGUGUGCUUGAACAUGAGUAGUUUUGCAUGGGUUUUAAGAACUUCAAGUUUCUCACGGCCGCGUGCAAGUAAUGACAAAGUGUGGUAAAGGCUUGUGUUGGUUUGUGGGUACAAUACUAGGUCUGGAUGGCAUUUAGGAAUUAGUAGUGACAUACUAAAUGGGGUCGAGGAAGGGAUGGACUAAACCGGGCCGGACCGACCCGGAAUCGGCCCAGCCUGUUACUGUUUGGGCCUAGACCGGACCGGGACUGGUUGGCCGGUUCCGGGCUUUUAGCCCGUUUGGACUCGGGCCGGGUGGCCCGACCCGGAAUCGGCCCGGGACCGGCACUGUUCCGGCCCGGCCCGACCCGGUUGCUCGGUCAGUGACCGGUUCGGGUAGGCCCGACCCAUGGGUUUUCCGGUCCGGGCUCGGGUCACCCAAAACAAGGCCCAACCCGGCCAGGCCCGGGGCCGGUUCGGGCCAAAACUAUUUUUUUUUUCAAUUUUUUUUUUUUAAAUUUUCGGGUUGGACUGGGUAUUUUGGACCAUUUGGGGGUUGUGGUUUGGGGGGUUGGAGGUGGGAGGGGGGUCAAUUAGGAAGAGGGAAAAAAAUUGAUAAUGGGCCCAGCCCGGGCCGGUCCUGGGUCCACCACUCCUGAACCGCCAGCUCACCCGGGCCUAGGCCUGACCCGGACCUGAGUCCACCCCUAUAAAAAAUGAAACAUAUGACCCUGUCUGAAAAGAGCUCAAUCACAAGUACAUUUUUAGAUACAAAGAGGUACAAAGAGGAAAUUAAUCUUGGGAAAAUGCUAGAAGUAUAAACACACUUACAAAAAAACUUACAAACAAGUGAUGUGGCUAUUCUAAUUACCAAUGAUGUAAAAAUGUUGUAAAUGUGAGGUGUUAAAUAGCUAUUCUAAUGUGAUGAUGUCACAUACCUCUUUUGUAAGACUUUUUGUAAAAGUUUUUGUACCUCUAGCAUAACUCUUAAUCUUGUGCACUUAUUUUCAGAUCUAACGGCUCAAAAUGAGUAAGUAAAUCGAAGUUUUGUGCCACUUCAAGAAAGUGUAACAUAAACAUGAA